UUCGUGUUCCCCCUUCUUCUCCAGGGGGUAGGUUCAGGUAUAUAACUUACAAGUAAGUAGAUAGGGUUCGGUACAGGUUGGACGGACUGUAAGUAUAGGGUAUGUAGUGUACAUACUUACCUACAAGCUUCAUGCAAGGACCAACUAAUUACUUACAGCCAGUUUAUAGUUGUUGUAUCGGACUAUUCGGUUAUCCGCACAGUACUUAUUAACGUGUGUUUAUAAACUAUCGGACUGUCAUGUGUGCAUCAUCGUAAUUAUUACACUCACGGGGGUAUCAAUAUUUAUAUUUAAGGUGAUUGUUACAACUAUGGACAAAAGACAAAAGUGCGCGCAUAUAGGUAACAUUACAUAUACAUAUAUAAAUCCGUAAAUGUACACUGUACGCAUCAUCACCUACCGCAUUAACAACGAUAGAGAAGAGUAACCGUAUACUUGUAUACACAUCGCAAAUUCGCAACCCUUGCGAGAGCGAGCGCGCGAGUCGAAGCAAGUAAGCGCAGCAGGGCGGCCAUGGGGGGGCCGCCUUCGCCUCUUUCUUUUUUUUUCAUCUCCGUCGGCGAACGAUUCCUCCGACGCCAGCCCAGCUGAGCGGAUGAGCCGAGGCGGCUCCGCUGUUGCUUCUGGGCCGUUGCUGCUGCUGCUGGUGUUGUUACUAUUGUUGCUCCUGGCAUUGCAGCUCGAGCCGCUCGAGGCACCCGAGGCUGGACAAAUUCUGCAGCAGCAGCACCACCACCACCACCACCAUCAUCAUCAUCAGCCACUACCGAGACCACAGCAGCAGCUUCAACAACAAAAAAUUGUUCCAGUAACGACGCCACCUACGUCAAAGUUGCCACCGUCACCGCCACCUCCUAGGCAUCAGCAGGGCCAACGGCCAUCCUUUAUCGAACGCAAGCUCCGUGUGCAGCAGCAUCAUGCGGAAUCUGAAUCCUCAUCUAAUAGCCCUCUGCAGAUUCGACAUGGGCGUUCCCGUGGUCGAGCUAGCAGCAGCAGCAGCAGCAGCAGCAGCAGUAACGAGGAUUUGGUGGCCGUACUGGCUGCCGAGACGGACGAGCUACUGCUCUUGCUCGACCAUCAUCAUGCAGAGGCCGAAGCUGCAGGUGUACAAGGAGCCGACGAUGGCGAGGAUCAGUCGUGGCAGGACGAGGCUGUAGCGGCUGUUGCGACAAUAGAUACACCUGGCAAUUACAUCAACAAUAAUAAGGACAACAACGGUACGUGGACGACGAUGACAAAGAACGACCGGGAGGAAAAAACGAGAGGAAUGGUGUUGGCCCCGGGACAGGUUGACAUAGUCACGCGCUUUUUGCGGAUAAUUGAAAACCAGCACCUCCUCGGCGAAAAUUGCACCGCCGGCACGGACCUGAACCUUGGCGAGGGGGUUGUCGAUCAGUACGCUCAGGAGCGCUUUCGGCUCGAGGCCAAGCUCGCCGUUAAUCGGGCCAACAUGCUUACCCGGCUUUGGAAGUACGCGCCCGAGGUGAUGCAGGCCUCGGAGUACCUCCUUCACGCGAGUGUUCUCUCGAUGGUCGAGUUUGACGAGGAUAUAUUUGCGGCGGGCAAUUGCUACGACAAGCUGCAGUACCGCGAGCGUUGGCUUUACUGUCCGUUCGCGCACCGUCUCCAGAACGAGGAGGGCGUCCUUGUCAAGGACCUUGCCGUCGAGUACAAGUACCUGAGCAAUAGCAGCGAGUGGUUUUACAUCGCCCGAAAGAAUGCCGAGCGCAGGAUCGCUAGCUACGAUCAAUUUAGCCGAGGAUAUCAUACCUAUACUCACAACGAGAGCAGCCACACAAAACGAGUCCAAGAUGAGAUAUUGACGGUGCGAUACGAGGAUGGUCGCUGGUCGACGCCCUACUACGAUUGUGGAGGUGGAAACAUUUGGAUGUUGACCUAUACAGUACCAUUUUUUGGUUACGUCAACGAUACGUACUUUUUCAAAGGUACAAGCGGUAUCGAUAUAGACCUACGUAGAGUAGAUAUUGAUCAGUGCCCACUGCCUCCAGGAUCCAUCCAGUUAAAUAUAUUUGCAGCGAGCGAUAAGUGCAAGAAACGAACGACGGAGUGUGUCGCGAUUCCUGGCUUAGGAUUUCGUAGAGGUAGCUAUCGAUGUAUUUGUAAACGAGGUUUCUACUAUCCGGAUACAAAGUCACCUAAUCGCUUUUAUAACGGCACUGUAGUCGAAGAGGAAUACGAAAAACUAAUGCUCGGUAAAGUGAGUCGGUACGACAAGGCUGGUGUUUUUGAAUGCUUUCCUUGUCCCGAAGGUUGUGAUUCCUGUCAAGACUCUUCCCCUUGCGUCGUAUCUCUCAAUUGGCUCAUGAGAACCAUUAUCCUUAUUUUGGAAUGUUGCGUCAUAGCUUGUCUACCUGCUGUUGCAUUAUUUACCUGGAAAUACGGAAACGUUAAGGUAGUCCGAGCUGCAAGUCCAGUUUUAUUGCGUGUCAUUGUUCUUGGAGCUUUUUUCAUCUAUUGUACUACGAUAGUUAUGUACCCUCAGCCAAAUAUAGUGACGUGUACAGUACGAGUUUGGCUCAGAGAAAUUGGCUUCUCAUUGACUUAUGGCGCAUUGAUGCUGAAAACGUGGAGAAUAUCUGUGAUUUUUCGCGUUCGAUCUGCCAAAGCUGUCAAGAUAACAGACAUGAAUUUACUCAAACGUCUAGGCAUUAUCGUUACCAUAUUUAGCGCAUUGUUGGGAAUCCGUACUUUAGUUGCGCCACCAGUCGUCAUUGUAGCUCGUACGGCGGACGACUUGAAGGCUUAUUUGUGUCAAACUGACUGGUGGGAUCACAGUUUUACCACGCUGGAAGUGAUGUUUCUUGUUUGGGGCAUUAGAUUGUGCAUCGUUGUGAGGAAAGCACCAUCGGAAUUCAAUGAAAGUCGUUUUAUAUCAAUGGCAAUAUACAAUGAAUUUCUCCUUUCGGUUUUUUUGAAUGUAUCCAUGUUUUUCUUGCAAUCAUCUGCCAACCCAGAUCUACUGUACAUCAUAUUUUUCUGUCACACUCAACUUACCGUCACGCUAUUACUCGGAUUUAUUUUUGGAAGCAAGGCAUACGUUGUAUUCAAAGGAGGCGGUAAAGAUGAUCUAAAUGGCAAACUUACCGGCACUACCAGCAAGUUUUUAGGAAAGACUUGUCGAGCACCUGCUACGAGCAAUCAAACAAAUUCAAUCUCCUUGCACCAGGCCAACUUGACCGAAGACAGCGAUGGAAUGACGGAAGAAUUUCGAAGAUUAUGUACGCAAUUAGAGCUACUUAAAGAGAAAAACAUGCGUUUAGGUAAUCGACACAUGAUUGAAAAAAUCAUCGCCAUGCAAGAGGCAGCUAAUCACGUAGAAACUCAAACUUUUGCGGUUCACUCUAUUCCUUGGUCUUUGCAGCAAAAUCAAGCGGUAACCGAUCCGUCCACACUAAACAGGAUAAAGGCAGAGGCAUCAAAAUGUUCCAAUUUUUCGUGCAAUGAGCAACGAACCAACACGACCGAGGAAUGUUUGGCAGGGAAAAUCGCAAUAGAGGAAAUCCAAAUAGAGGUCGUCAUGGAGAAAGAUAAAAAAACCUUAGUUAAAGAAAAAAAGACCGAUGUUAAAGGGGAGGAAAAAGAGGCAGAUGCAAUAUUGGGUAACGAAAAAAACAAAAAAUCGCUCGACUUGAAAGAAGAGCUGGAUGAUCAAAUUACUAAAGACAAGAGCAAAAGUAAAUCCGGCCACGCAAGAACUCAUGCCAUUGUCAUAAAUUUAGACGAUAAGACCAGAUUUUCCGAAGAGGUGACUGUCUAAAUGAUUUUCAGGCGAUUGUUAAA